GCGGAAAAUGCCGCAACACCCCCAGCGGCCGGACACCAAUCAUCGUCGACUGCACCAACAACAAUAAACCCCUUUGAUGCGGGCAAAUACAAGAUGAUUGAUAAGCAUGCAGAGUAGAGUGACCACAAGCAAAUAAUAUUGUGGCGCCACCUGGUGCAGGAAAAGGCAACCAAAGCAGUGAAAAUGAAGCCCAUCCGGCCGUUUGCCAGCACUGCCAUCCGCCAUAUUAUUUCAGACCGUGCGGACAAAACAAAAUUGCUGUGACAAAAAGAAUUCUGUGCGGGCGUUUGUAUUAACAAGUUACAUGAAAUAACAAAUAUCUUGUCAAGUGAAGUUUGCAUGCACGGGUCCGUCGGGGGGCAACAAUUAUAGCAGCUGAUCGGUUUAGUGAAAUGAAGCGCUUUCUAUGAACGCCAUUUUUGCCCAGCAAGGAAUGUGAGCAAAUGGUGCAGAUGCUCCGUGUCGUAGAGCUGCAAAAAGUCUUGUCGUUCCUUAACAUUUCCUUCGCUGGCCGAAAAUCCGAUCUGCAAAGCCGCAUUUUGUCAUAUCUGCGCACCAAUUUGGAGCUCUUGGCCCCAAAGAUACAGGAAGUUUACGCUCAAUCCGUGCAAGAACAAAGCGCCACGCUGCAAUACAUAGAUAACGCGAGAAUGUACUCGCACAUGCAGAUGCCACCUUCGGUGCAGCCCAAUUCUGUAGGUCUGGUGGGUGGCGGAUCAGGCCAGGUGCCGGGUGCGCAGAUGUCCGCACAGAUGGCCUCGCAGAUGCCAGCCAAUGUAAUGCCCUUUCUGCAUGCGCACGGCAACCAGCUACCCAUACACCCGGAUGUGAGACUGAAAAAGCUUGCCUUCUACGAUGUGCUCGGCACACUGAUUAAGCCGUCGACGCUGGUGCCCCGCAGCACACAGCGCGUCCAAGAGGUGCCUUUCUACUUCACAUUAACGCCCCAGCAGGCCACCGAAAUCGCCUCGAAUCGCGACAUUCGCAACAGUUCAAAGGUGGAGCACGCCAUUCAAGUGCAGCUGCGUUUCUGCCUGGUGGAGACUUCAUGCGACCAAGAGGACUGCUUCCCCCCCAAUGUGAAUGUCAAAGUGAACAACAAAUUGUGUCAGCUACCUAAUGUCAUUCCAACAAAUCGACCAAAUGUGGAACCAAAACGUCCGCCCCGGCCUGUGAACGUAACCUCCAAUGUGAAACUGUCGCCAACCGUUACCAACACCAUAAUGGUUCAGUGGUGUCCCGACUACACGCGCAGCUACUGCCUGGCAGUGUAUCUGGUGAAGAAGCUGACAUCCGCACAGCUGUUGGUGCGGAUGAAGAGCAAGGGCGUGAAGCCGGCAGAUUACACACGAGGCCUGAUUAAGGAAAAGUUAACAGAGGAUGCCGACUGCGAGAUAGCCACCACAAUGCUGAAGGUAUCGCUCAACUGCCCGCUGGGAAAGAUGAAGAUGCUGCUGCCGUGCCGAGCGUCAACGUGUUCGCACCUGCAGUGCUUCGACGCCAAUCUCUACCUGCAAAUGAACGAGCGCAAGCCCACCUGGAAUUGCCCGGUGUGCGACAAGCCGGCCAUAUAUGACAACCUGGUUAUCGAUGGCUAUUUCCAGGAGGUGCUGGACUCAACACUGCUAAAAAGCGACGACACCGAAAUACAGCUGCAUCAAGAUGGAUCAUGGAGUACCCCGGGGCUGCGCAGCGAAGCUCAAAUUUUGGAUACGCCCUCCAAGCCAGUUCAAAAAGUUGAGGUCAUAUCGGACGACAUAGAGCUAAUUGCGGACGAUACCAAGCCAGUGAAGAGUGAUUUGUCCCCGGCACCAGAUGACCAGCCAACGUCAACGUCGAACAGUGAAACUGUGGAUCUGACGUUAAGCGAUUCCGACGACGAUAUGCCUCUGGCCAAGCGUCGUCCACCUGCAAAGCAAGCCGCCGCUAGCUCCACCGCCAAUGGUAAUGGUGGUGGCGGCCAACGUGCCUACACACCAGCACAGCAGGCCCAACAAUCUGAAUCGCCAGGCCAGCAAACAAUGGCCCAUCAAUCGUCUGAGUCGCAGCAGGUGUUAGAACUAGAACAGCAACUGCAGCUGCAACUGCAGCAUCAACAGCACGAGCAGCCAGCAUCAGCAGUGCACGCCACUCUACUGGAGUCCCUGGCUGCUGCGGUGGCGGAUCAAAAGCACUUUCAACUGUUGGAUCUGGCUGCAGUUGCGGCUGCUGCUGCUGCCACAGCGUCAGCGUCGUCCGGGCAAAGUCAAAAUGGUGGUCCAUAGAAACACACACACACACACACACACUCAAACACGUGCAUUUUUCACACACUCACAAACACACACACACACUCAUACGAACUAUGAUUUUCGAUUAUAAUUUGCAUUUACAGUUGGUUUGACCUUUUAUUUUUGCUUUGUCUUUCCUCCCUCCCUCUUACUCUCGGCUGUCUCAUUUGUCGCCAUUUUAGAGGAUAUUUUUUUUCCCCCUCAGAGGCUUUUUUUCUACAAGUUAUUCGCAUCAAUUCCAUCAAUUCGAUGACACAUCCAUUCAUAGCGUAGCAGAAAUUGAUGUUUAAAAUUUUAUUUAUGUAUAUGUGUUGCAGGAUGCAGACAAAACAUGUUGAAGGUGCAAUAGAGACUUUUGUUGACCUCACCCCUUACCUACACCACUCCGCUGCAGGGUGGUCGCCCACUUUAUUUGUCCUGUGUCCAUGUCCCUUUUUGCGUUGUUUCCGUGUCAGUUGUGUCCAAUGUCUUGUCUGCAGUUUUUAAUCAUGUCUCCACGCUACCCAAAAACAGAUUUUACAUCCGAAACAAAACCCUGUAUUCAUCCCCCCCACUAGAACUUACAAUAGGCAUCGUAAUUUAUUUAUUUUUCACUUUUGAAUAACCGAUCGUGGAAUGUUAAAGCCCUACGCACCACUAACAUUAGUAUACAUAAAUCAAAUGUUAAUAUUUAAGUCCUACCAAUGCAAUUUGGAAGUAUUCCUAUGCACUAGCCGCGAGGAGGAGACAGUUAAGCUAAUUAAGUUAUUUUAGUUAUCAUAUGAUGUGGAAUAGAGUAGGGUAUUGCUGCCGAAUGCUCGCUCCCCAAGUGCGUUUGGUUUUUAUAUAUUUAUUAUGCUUUUGCAAAUCAGAGCGAAAUUGCAUUAAAUUAUAUGAAUAAAUUUUCUUUACCGCAGAAGACCUUCAACUAAAAAAAAGAAAAUAGUUCGGACUAAGUAGGAAUUCAAAUUUUACAAUAAAUAAGUAUGUAUAUCACAAAUCACUAACCUAAUCCGAACUAAUGUUUGAUCCUUUAUUUAAGAUUUAAGUUAUAAUGAACCCCAAUUUAGUAUAAAAACUGCUUUGAUUUUGAUUGGAUGCCAAACCCCUAAGUUUUGAUCUUAAUUAUCUGAACGAACAAACAUGAAAUCAAUGUACAAUAAGAUGUGUACUUUAACUAU